GGAGACGCCGCGCGUUGAUCUUUUCUCUCCUUCUCUCCGCGGCAGAAGCGUUGAAAAAAGAAGCCAUACAUCUUUAUUUAUUUCUUUGUGCGGCUAUGGAAAAUGAGAGAAAAUCCUCUCAGCAGUCCGGCGCGUCGGAAGCCACGCAGGUGGACGGACCGGGGGAGAGAUCAGGAGAAGACGUGAUCUCCAUGGCCGACUCCACGGUCACGGUGGAGGACAUCGAGGGAGAGCUGUUCAGGAUCGAGCGGAUACGAGACGUCCUGGUGAGGAGGGAGUCGGAGCUGAGAUACAUGAUGGACGACAUCCAGCUCUGCAAGGAAAUCACCAGACUGAAGCAGGAGCUGCAGAAGCUGGUCUCCAUUCCAGACAAAGACAAGAGCGACGAGGACAAGGAGAGAGAGGACGAGCUGCUGAGGCAGCUGGGAAAACUGGUGGAGACCAGGGACUUCCUGGUGGAUGACGUGGAGUUUGAAAGGCUCAGGGAAAGAGAAGAAGACAGAGAGAUGGCGGCUUUCUUACAAUCGAAAUUUCCCAAACCACUGAGUGGAAAAGGUGAUCUGCUGAAUCGAAAGGUGGUACCCAAACCCCAGCGGCCCUCGGGCCCCUUCAUCCCCAAAACCGGGCUGACCCUGCUGAGAGACUGCUGCGGACUGACCUGUUCCAUCAUGUGACGCGGCGUCCGGAGGGAAAAGUCGCCGCCAACCUGUUUACACGUUCAGAGUCUUCUCGGUGCAUCAGCGUAUUUUAUUGUGUCCGCCUGUUAAUUCUCACGUGGUAUUUAAUUACCCAGUCAAAGAGACGCAGAAUAACAUCCUUAUGUGAUUUGCUGCUGUGAAAUCCUCUGUUUACUCCGAAGGUCUUACAGCAGGGAGGCCGGCUGCCAUCAUACUAAUGACUCUUGCCCAGUUGAGGUAAUUGGAUAUGAUUAUGGGCUGCUCUGACGGGGUAAUUAUCCAUUUGCGAUGCAUGAAACUGAGUAAACAUAGAUCUCCCCCAGGGAGCAAAAUACUCUUGCCAGUCUCCAGUUGCUUUGAUGAGAGGUAUAAUAAGAUGGGUAGGACUUGAUCUGCCUAGUAUUUGCCUUUUACAAUGGCUUACCCAUAUAUAUGUUUUAAAAAAAAAAGAUGUGCCCAUGAUUUACUAUCAUUUUGUGAGUGGAUAAGCUUUGUAGAGUUGUUAUAUUAGAGAUAUGUCAUGGUCCUUAUUGGAAAAUAAGGAGUUACUUGUAAGCGGACAGGUUUCUGGGAUCAUUGUAUCAGUCUUUGUAUUUUUCUGUAAAAACACUAAAGGAA